AUGCGGAGACUCCGGAGAAAAGGAGGGAACAAUGAGAAAGUGUUUGGCUGUGACCUGUUGGACCACCUGGCUACAAAUUGUCAGGAGAGUAAGUCCCAAGUUCCCUCAGUCUGUUAGAAUAUGUUAUAUCUGAAUAUGUUAAAUAUUAGCAUCCUGUUGUUUAUCCCUGUCAGUUCUGUAGUAUUAUCAUCUUGUCAACCUCUCAGUUCCCCAGGUGCUGCGAAGCUGCAGUGAAUUCAUUGAGGAGCAUGGGGUUGUAGAUGGGAUCUACAGGCUAUCUGGGGUGUCAUCCAACGCACAGAAACUAAGGUAAGUGUGUGUGUGUUUGUGUCUCGUGUGUAUGGACGCUCCCACGCGCUUGCAUGAGUCUGUGCGUUUGUGUGUGGUCAAGUACAGCAGUGAAAUGUAAUGUGUUUGUCUCCAAACAGGGGUGAGUUUGACAGUGAGGGGACCCCAGAUCUCAAUAAGGAUGUGUACCUGCAGGACAUUCACUGUGUCAGCUCUCUCUGCAAGGCCUACUUCAGAGAGUUGCCUAAUCCGCUCCUCACAUACCAGCUCUAUGACAAAUAUGCUGUGAGUACCUGUCUUAGUACAUUACUUGAUCGUAAUUCAGAUACAUGGACACCAGGGUUGCAUUCAGUAGGAGCGAAAAAGAGAGCAUUUCUGACACAGAAAACAAGGAGUUUUUCUAUUGGACAUGUUCAGGUAUGUUCAAAAUGUCAAAAUGUUUUCUCCUAUUUCAUACCCACUGAACAGGACCCAGCGUUAAAGAGAUUGAACGGGAUCUUAAGCGCUUACAAAUUCGUACAAUAUGAAUUGGAAUUUGUAUAAUUCGAAUUGCAGGAGGGGAAAAAGUUCUUAUUUUUAUUAAACAUUUUUGCAGGAUGUAACAUAUCAUACGAAAUGGAUGACGUUGUACACAAUUGUAAAACAAAAUUGGGGACCCGUGUUUGGCUUCUGAGCGCUACUUUCAAAAACUACUGGCUGACAUUAUACAAAACCUUUUAGAACACAUCUUUAAGAUGGCAUAUGGCUUUAUGUAUCAACCUCACACACCACUUUCCCCCUAGGAAGCUGUGGCAAUUCAGCUGGAGGAGGAGAGGCUAGUGAAGAUCAAGGAUGUGCUGAAGGAGUUACCUGCUCCCCAUUACAGGUAAACCUCCACCUAUUCAGCUUAUAUAGAGAAAGAGUAAAUGUUUGAAAUGUGUAACCAGUGUGAAAUGGCUAGUUAGCGGUGCACGCUAGUAGCAUUUCAAUCAGUGACGUCACUUGCUCUGAGACCUUGAUGUACUUGUUUCCCUUGCUCUGCAAGAGCCACGGUUUUUGUGGAUGAGGCUUCGUUGGAGGCAUUUGUUAAUGUGUUCAGAGGGUCCCUGGUUUGAGCCCAAGUUGGGGCAAGGAGAGGGAUGGAAGCAAAACUAUUACAUACAUACAAGUUUUGGACACAGCUACUCAUUCAAGGGUUUUUCUUUAUUUUUUACUAUUUUCUACAUUGUAGAAUAAUAGUGAAGACAUCAAAACUAUGAAAUAACACAUAUGGAAUCAUGUAGUAACCAAAAAGUGUUCAAAUCUAAAUAUAUUUUAGAUGCUUCAAAGUAGCCACCCUUUGCCUUGAUGACAGCUUUGCACACUCUUGGCAUUCUCUCAACCAGCUUCACCUGGAAUGCUUUUCCAACAGUCUUGAAGGAGUUCCCACAUAUGCUCAGCACUUGUUGGCUGCUUUUCCUUCACUCUGCGGUCCAACUCAUCCCAAACCAUCUCAAUUGGGUUGAGGUCGGGUGAUUGUGGAGGCCAGGUCAUCUGAUACAGCACUCCAUUACUCUCCUUCGUCAAAUAGCCCUUACACAGCCUGGAGGUGUGUUGGGUCAUUGUCCUGUUGAAAAACAAAUGAUAGUCCCACUAAGCGCAAACCAGAUGGGAUGGCGUAUCGCUGCAGAAUGCUGUGGUAGCCAUGCUGGUUAAGUGUGCCUUGAAUUCUAAAUAAAUCACAGACAGUGUCACCAGCAAAGCACCAUCACACCUCCUCCUCCAUGCUUCACGGGGGAACAACACAUGUGGAGGUCAUCCGUUGACCUACUCUACAUCUCACAAAGACACGGCGGUUGGAACCAAAAAUCUCAUAUUUUGUGGUUUCUUUGCAGCAAUUCGACCAUGAAGGCCUGAUUCACACAGUCCCCUCUGAACAGUUGAUGUUGAGAUGUGUCUGUUACUUCAUUCAUUUGGGCUGCAAUUUGUGAGGCUGGUAACUCCAAUAAACUUAUCCUCUGCAGCAGAGGUAACUCUGGGUCUUCCUUUCCUGUGGCGGUCCUCAUGAGAGCCAGUUUCAUCAUAGCGCUUGAUGGUCUUUGCGACUGCACUAGAAGAAACUUUCAAAUGUUCCGUAUUGACUGACCUUAAUGUCUUAAAGUAAUGAUGGACUGUUGUUUCUCUUUGUUUAUUUGAGCUGUUCUUGCCAUAAUAUGGACUUUUACCAAAUAGUGCUAUCUUCUGUAUACCAACCCUACCCUGUCACAACACAACUGAUUGGCUCAAAUGCAUUAAGAAGGAAAGAAAUUCCACAAAUUAACUUUUAUCAAGGCACACCUGUUAAUUAAAAUAUAUUCCAAGUGACUACCUCAUGAAGCUGGUUGAGAGAAUGCCAAGAGUGUGCAAAAUUGUCAUCAAGGCAAUCAAGGUGGCUGCUUUGAAGAAUCUCAAAUAGAAAAUAUAUUUUGAUUUGUUUAACACUUUUCUGGUUACUACAUGAUUCCAUAUGUGUUAUUUCAUAGUUUUGAUGUCUUCAUUAUUCUUCUACAAUGUAGAAAAUAGUAAAAAAUAAAGAAAAACCCUGGAAUGAGUAGAUGUGUCCAAACUUUUGACAUAUAUUACAUGGCUGGAACCAUCUGUUUGUAACUAGAGGGACUGUACAUUUUGCCAUGUGUAGUUUUUCUUCAAUAGUUUCAACUGUUUUCAAACUAACUAUAGAAUUAAACCACCUCCCUGUCUUUCUGCCCCUUCUCCUUCUCCCUGGUUUCUCAGAACUCUAGAGUUCCUGAUGCGUCACCUUGUCAAAAUGGCUUCUUAUUCCUCACACACCAACAUGCAUGCCCGGAACCUCGCCAUUGUUUGGGCUCCAAACCUUCUCAGGUGUGUGUGUAUCUACAUGAGAGAGAAAUACAUGAACUAGAUAGAGAUAGUUUAAACAGUGUGUUUGCAUUGCUCAAUGUUGUUUAAUCCUCUGAGGUUGUUUGCAGGUCAAAAGACAUUGAGGCGUCAGGGUUUAACGGUACUGCAGCCUUCAUGGAGGUGAGGGUCCAGUCCAUCGUAGUGGAAUUCAUCCUCACCCACGUGCCCCAGCUGUUUCCUGAUUCAGGUAUCUCUCUCUCUCUCUCUCUCUCUCUCUCUCUCUCUCUCUCUCUCUCUCUCUCUCUCUCUCUCUCUCUCCUCUCUCUCCUCUCUCUCCUCUCUCCUCUCUCUCCUCUCUCUCGACACAUUUGGCAGGAGGUUUGGAAGUUUCCACCUCAUUUUGUGGGCAGUGUGCACAUAGCCUGUCUUCUCUUGAGAGCCAGGUCUGCCUACGGUGGCCUUUCUCAAUAGCAAGGCUAUGCUCACUGAGUCUGUACAUAGUAAAUGCUUUCGUUAAGUUUGGGACAGUCACAGUGGUCAGGUAUUCUGCCACUGUGUACUCUCUGUUUAGGGACAAAUAGCAUUCUAGUUUGCUCUGUUUUUUUGUUAAUUAUUUCCAAUGUGUCAAGUAAUUCUCUUUUUGUUUUCUCAUGAUUUGGUUGGGUCUAAUUGUGUUGUUGUUGUUGUCCUGGGGCUCUGUGGGGUCUGUUUGUGUUUGUGAACAGAGCCCCAGGACCAGCUUACUUAGGGGACUCUUCUCCAAGUUGAUCUCUCUGUAGGUGAUGGCUUUGUUAUGGAAGGUUUGGGAAUCGCUUCCUUUUAAGUGGUUAUAGAAUUUAACGGCUCUUUUCUGGAUUUUGAUAAUUUGCGGGUAUAGGCCUAAUUCUGCCCUGCAUGUAUUAUUUGGUGUUUUUCAUUGUACACUGAGGAUAUUUUUGCAGAAUUCUGCAUGCAGUGUCUCAAUUUGUUGUUUGUCCCAUUUUGGGAAUUCUUGGUUGGUGAGCGGACCCAGACCUCACAACCAUAAAAGGGCAAUGGGUUCAAUAACUGAUUAAAGUAUUUUUAACCAGAUCCUAAUUGGUAUGUCAAAUUUUAUGUUCCUUUUGAUGGCAUAGAAGGCCCUUCUUGCCUGGUGGAAGUUACCUGUGGCGCUGAUGUUUAGGCCAAUGUAUGUAUCGUUUUUUGUGUGCUCUAGGGCAACGGUGUCUAGAUGGAAUUUGUAUUUGUGGUCCUGGCAACUGGACCUUUUUUGGAACACCAUUAUUUUUGUCUUACUGAGAUUUACUGUCAGGGCCCAGGUCUGACAGAAUCUGUGCAGAAUAUAUAGGUGUUGCUGUAGGCCCUCUUUGGUUGGUGACAGAAGCACCAGAUCAUCAGCAAACAGUAGACAUUUGACUUCAGAUUCUAGUAGGGUGAGGCCGGAUGCUGCAGACUUGCCAAUAUUAACCGCACACUUGUUGUUUGUGUACAUGGAUUUUAUAAUGUUGUGUUUUUCCCCCAACCCCACUUUCCAUCAAUUUGUAUAGCAGACCCUCAUGCCAAAUUGAGUCAAAAGCGUUUUUGAAAUCAACAAAGCAUGAGAAGACUUUGCCUUUGUUUUGGUUUGUUUGUUUGUCAAUUAGGGUGUGCAGGGGAAUACGUGGUCUGUCGUACGGUAAUUUGGUAAAAAGCCAAUUUGACAUUUGCUCAGUACAUUGUUUUCACUGAGGAAAUGAAGUAGUCUGCUGUUAAUGAUAAUACAGAGGAUUUUCCCAAGGUUGCUGUUGACGCAUAUCCCACGGUAGUUAUUGGGGUCAAAUUUGUCUCCACUUUUGUGGAUUGGGGUGAUCAGUCCUUGGUUCCAAAUAUUGGGGAAGAUGCCAGAGCUAAGGAUGAUGUUAAAGAGUUUAACUAUAGCCAAUUGGAAUUUGUGGUCUGUAUAUUUUAUCAUUUCAUUGAGGAUACCAUCAACACCACAGGCCUUUUUGGGUUGGAGGGUUUGUAUUUUGUCCUGUAGUUCAUUCAAUGUAAUUGGAGAAUCCAGUGGGUUCUGGUAGUCGUUAAUAGUUGAUUCUAAGAUUUGCAUUUGAUCAUGUAUAUUUUUUUGAUGUUUGUUCUUUGUUAUAGGGCCAAAAAGAUUGGAGAAGUGGUUUACCCACACAUCUCCGUUUUGGAUAGAUAGUUCUUCGUGUUGUUGUUUGUUUAGUAUUUUCCAAUUUUCCCAGAAGUGGUUAGAGUCUAUGGAUUCUUCAAUUACAUUAAGCUGAUUUCUGACAUGCUGUUCCUUCUUUUUCCGUAGUGUAUUUCUGUAUUGUUUUAGUGAUUCACCAUAGUGAAGGCGUAGGCUCAGGUUUUCUGGGUCUCUAUGUUUUUGGUUGGAUAGGUUUCUCAAUUUCUUUCUUAGGUUUUUGCAUUCUUCAUCAAACCAUUUGUCACUGUUGUUACUUUUCUUAGGUUUUCUGUUAGAGAUUUUUAGAUUUGAUAGGGAAGCUGAGAGGUCAAAUAUACUGUUUAGGUUUUCUACUGCCAAGUUUACACCUUCACUAUUACAGUGGAACGUUUUGUCCAGGAAGUUGUCUAAAAGGGAUUGAAUUUGUUGUUGCCUAAUUGUUUUUUGGUAGGUUUCGACACUACUUUCCUUCCAUCUAUAGCAUUUCUUAAUAUUAUUCACAUAUGGAAUCAUGUAGUAACCAAAAAAGUGUUAAACAAAUCAAAAUAUAUUUUAUAUUUGAGAUUCUUCAAAUAGCCCCCCUUUGCCUUGAUGACAGCUUUGCACACUCUUGGCAUUCUCUCAACCAGCUUCUUGAGGUAGUCACCUGGAAUGCAUUUCAAUUAACAUGUGUGCAUUCUUAAAAGUUAAUUUGUGGAAUUUCUUUCCUUAUUAAUGCAUUUGAGCCAAUAAAUUGUGUUGUGACAAGGUAUGGGGGGGUAUACAGAAGAUAUUCCUAUUUGGUAAAAUACCAAGUCCAUAUUAUGGCAAGAACAGCUCAAAUAAGCAAAGAGAAACGACAGUCCAUCAUUACUUUAAGACAUGAAGGUCAGUCAAUCCGGAAAAUGUCAAGAACUUUGAACGUUUUUCAAGCACAGUCGCAAAAAACCUCAAGCACUAUGAUGAAACUGGCUCUCAUGAGGACCACCACAGGAAUGGAAGACCCAGAGUUGCCUCUGCUGCAGAGGAUAAGUUUAUUGGAGUUACCAACCUCAGAAAUUGCAGCCCAAAUAAAUGCUUCACAGAGUUCAAGUAACAGACACAUCUCAACAUCAACUGUUCAGAGGAGACUGUGUGAAUCAGGCCUUCAUGGUUGAAUUGCUUCAAAGAAACCACUACUAAAGGAUACCAAUAAUAAGAAGAGACUUGCUUGGGCCAAGAAACACAAGCAAUGGACAUUAGACCAGUGGUCUGGAGUCCAAAUUGGAGAUUUUUGGUUCCAACUGCCAUGUCUUUGUGAGUGAACGGAUGAUCUCCGCAUGUGUAUUUCCAACCGUAAAGCAUGGAGGAGGAGGUGUUAUGGUGUGGGAGUGCUUUGCUGGUGACACUGUCUGUGAUUUAUUUAGAAUUCAAGACACACUUAACCAGCAUGGCUACCACAGCAUUCUGCAGAGGAAUGCCAUCCCAUCUGGUUUGGGCUUAGUGGGACUAUCAUUUGUUUUUCAACAGGACAAUGACCCAACACACCUCCAGGCUGUGUAAGGGCUAUUUUACCAAGAAGGAGAGUGAUGGGGUCCUGCGUCAGAUGACCUUGUCUCCACAAUCACCCGACCUCAACCAAAUUGAGAUGGUUUGGGAUGAGUCGGACCGAAGAGUGAAGGAAAAGCAGCCAACAAUUGCUCAGCAUAUGUGGGAACUCCUUCAAGACUGUUGGAAAAGCAUUCCAGGUGAAGCUGGUUGAGAGAAUGCCAAGAGAGUGCAAAGCUGUCAUCAAGACAAAGGGGGGCUAUUUGAAGAACCUCAAAUAUACAAUAUAUUUUUACAGUGAGGGAAAAAAUUAUUUGAUCCCCUGCUGAUUUUGUACGUUUGCCCACUGACAAAGACAUGAGCAGUCUAUAAUUUUAAUGGUAGGUUUAUUUGAACAGUGAGAGACAGAAUAACAACAAAAAAAUCCAGAAAAACGCAUGUCAAAAAUGUUAUAAAUUGAUUUGCAUUUUAAUGAGGGAAAUAAGUAUUUGACCCCUCUGCAAAACAUGACUUAGUACUCACAGAGGUCAGACGUUUCUUGUAGUUGGCCACCAGGUUUGCACACAUCUCAGGAGGGAUUUUGUUCCAGUCCUCUUUGCAGAUCUUCUCCAAUUCAUUAAGGUUUCGAGGCUGACGUUUGGCAACUCGAACCUUCAGCUCCCUCCACAGAUUUUCAAUGGGAUUAAGGUCUGGAGACUGGCUAGGCCACUCCAGGACCUUAAUGUGCUUCUUCCUUUGUUGCCUUGGCCGUGUGUUUUGGGUCAUUGUCAUGCUGGAAUACUCAUCCACGACCCAUUUUCAAUGGCCUGGCUGAGGGAAGGAGGUUCUCACCCAAGAUUUGCCGGUACAUGGCCCCGUCAAUCGUCCCUUUGAUGUGGUGAAGUUGUCCUAUCUCCUUAGCAGAAAAACACUCCCAAAGCAUAAUGUUUCCACCUCCAUGUUUGACGGUGGGGAUGGUGUUCUUGGGGUCAUAGGCAGCAUUCCUCCUCCUCCAAACACGGCGAGUUGAGUUGAUGCCAAAGAGCUCCAAUUUGGUCUCAUCUGACCACAACACUUUCACACAGUUCUCCAAUGAAUCAUUCAGAUGUUCAUUGGCAAACUUCAGACGGGAUGUAUAUGUGCUUUCUUGAGCAGGGGGACCUUGCGGGCGCUGCAGGAUUUCAGUCCUUCACGGCGUAGUGUGUUACCAAUUGUUUUCUUGGUGACUAUGGUCCCAGCUGCCUUGAAAUCAUUGACAAGAUCCUCCCGUGUAGUUCUGGGCUGAUUCCUCACCGUUCUCAUGAUCAUUGCAACUCUACGAGGUGAGAUCUUGCAUGGAGCCCCAGGUCGAGGGAGAUUGACAGUUAUUUUGUGUUUCUUCCAUUUGCGAAUAAUCACACCAACUGUUGUCACCUUCUCACCAAGCUGCUUGGCGAUGGUCUUGUAGCCCAUUCCAGCCUUGUGUAGGUCUACAAUCUUGUCCCUGACAUCCUUGGAGAGCUCUUUGGUCUUGGCCAUGGUGGAGAGUUUGGAAUCUGAUUGAUUGAUUGCUUCUGUGGACAGGUGUCCUUUAUACAGGUAACAAGAUGAGAUUAGAGCACUCCCUUUAAGAGUGUGCUCCUAGUCUCAGCUCGUUACCUGUAUAAAAGACACCUGGGAGCCAGAAAUCUUUCUGAUUGAGAGGGGGUCAAAUACUUAUUUCCCUUAUUAAAAUGCAAAUCAAUUGAUAACAUUAUUGACAUGCGUUUUUCUGGAUUUUUUUGUUGUUAUUCUGUCUCUCACUGUUCAAAUAAACCUACCAUUAAAAUUAUAGACUGAUCAUUUCUUUGUCAGUGGGCAAACGUACAAAAUCAGCAGGGGAUCAAAUACUUUUUUCCCUCACUGUAUUUGUUUAACACUUUUUUGGUUACUACAUGAUUCCAUAUGUGUUAUUUCAUAGUUUUGAUGUCUUCACUAUUAUUCUACAAUGUAAAAAUAAAGAAUAACCCUUGAAUGAGUAGGUGUUCUAAAACCUUUGACCGGUAGUGUACAUACCCAGCGUGCGACAGAGCUGCAGGAGUUGUGACCCGUUUUUGUUGGUUAUGUUGUCGUAGUUGUGCCUAGGGGGGCAUACGGGGGAGGGAAUGCUGUCACCUCCAGGUAGGUGUUUGUCCCCCUGUGUGCUGAGGGUAUCAGGUUCUUGUCCAGUUCUGGCAUUUAGGUCGCCACAGAGUAGUACAUGUUCCUGGGUCUAGAAAUGAUUGAUUUCCCCCUCCAGGAUGGAGAAGCUGUCUUCAUUAAAGUAUGGGGAUUUUAGUGGGGGGAUAUAGGUAGCACACAGGAGGACAUUUUUCUCUGUUGAGAUAAUUUCCUUUUGAAUUUCUGACCAAAUGUAAAAUGUUCCUGUUUUGAUUAAUUUAAUAGAGUGAGUUAGGUCUGCUCUAUACCAAAUUAGCAUACCCCCUGAGUCCCUUCCCUGUUUCACACCUGGUAGUUUGGUGGAUGGGACUACCAACUCUCUGUAACCUACCAGCACUCUGAUCCUCUCCUCUAGUGCUCUGUUCUUCUCCUGCUGAUGUUGUCUCACCACAGUCCAGAGUGCAGAUAUGUCUCUCUCCACCUCCAGCUCUCCAGGUCUAGUUAAGGGGGUGUUGUUGUGCUGAAAUGCUGUCUGGGUCUGUGCUGACUGGAGUGUAAUCACUUGCUGUUCCAGCUCCACCUGCCUUACCUCCAGCUGGGUGAAUUUAUCCAUCAUUUCAAUGAGGGAGUAGUACUCUGUGCUGGGAAGUUGACUUUCCACUUGGGGUUGCUCGUCUGUGGGGUUAUUUAAUGAAGAGGUCUGGUCUGACCCGCUCGGGGUGGGGGUAUCGUUCUCAAGGGAGAGCCUUUUUUUUUUUUUUUUUGUCAUUUAGCAGACGCUCUUAUCCAGAGGGACUUACAGGAGCAAUUAGGGUUAAGUGCCUUGCUCAAGGGCAUAUCGACAGAUUUUUCACCUAGUCGGCUCGGGGAUUAGAACCAGCGACCUUUCGGUUACUGGCACAACGCUCUUAACCACUAAGCUACCUGCCGCCCCGUCUGUGGGGUUAUUUAAUGAAGAGGUCUGGUCUGACCCGCUCGGGGUGGGGGUAUCGGUCUCAAGGGAGAGCUUCUCCUGCUGAGUUAUUUAUUUGAUUAGGUGAAAGUCCAGCUGGAACUGUUUGGGGUUGCCCUGUACCAAUACUGUUCCAGAUUUAUAGAGAUUUACAGUGGGGAGAACAAGUAUUUGAUACACUGUCGAUUUUGCAGGUUUUCCUACUUACAAAGCAUGUAGAGUCUGUAAUUUUUGUCAUAGGUACACUUCAACUGUGAGAGACGGAAUCUAAAACAAAAAUCCAGAAAAUCACAUUGUAUGAUUUUUAAGUAAAUAAUUUGCAUUUUAUUGCAUGACAUAAGUAUUUGAUACAUCAGAAAAGCAGAACUUAAUAUUUGGUACAGAAACCUUUGUUUGCAAUUACAGAGAUCAUACGUUUCCUGUAGGUCUUGACCAGGUUUGCACACACUGCAGCAGGGAUUUUUGCCCACUCCUCCAUACAGACCUUCUCCAGAUCCUUCAGGUUUCGGGGCUGUCGCUGGGCAAUACGGACUUUCAGCUCCCUCCAAAGAUGUUCUAUUGUGUUCAGGUCUGGAGACUGGCUAGGCCACUCCAGGACCUUGAGAUGCUUCAUACGGAGCCACUCCUUAGUUGCCCUGGCUGUGUGUUUCGGGUCGUUGUCAUGCUGGAAGACCCAGCCAUGACCCAUUUUCAAUGCUCUUACUGAGGGAAGGAGGUUGUUGGCCAAGAUCUCGCGAUACAUGGCCCCAUCCAUCCUCCCCUCAAUACGGUGCAGUCAUCCUGUCCCCUUUGUAGAAAAGCAUCCCCAAAGAAUGAUGUUUCCACCUCCAUGCUUCACGGUUGGGAUGGUGUUCUUGGGGUUGUACUCAUCCUUCUUCUUCCUCCAAACACGGCGAGUGGAGUUUAGACCAAAAAGCUCUAUUUUUGUCUCAUCAGACCACAUGACCUUCUCCCAUUCCUCCUCUGGAUCAUCCAAAUGGUCAUUGGCAAACUUCAGACGGGCCUGGACAUGCGCUGGCUUGAGCAGGGGGACCUUGCGUGCGCUGCAAGAUUUUAAUCCAUGACGGCGUAGUGUGUUACUAAUGGUUUUCUUUGAGACUGUGGUCCCAGCUCUCUUCAGGUCAUUGACCAGGUCUUGCCGUGUAGUUCUGGGCUGAUCCCUCACCUUCCUCAUGAUCAUUGAUGCCCCACGAGGUGAGAUCUUGCAUGGAGCCCCAGACCGAGGGUGAUUGACUGUCAUCUUGAACUUCUUCCAUUUUCUAAUAAUUGCGCCAACAGUUGUUGCCUUCUCACCAAGCUGCUUGCCUAUUGUCCUGUAGCCCAUCCCAGCCUUGUGCAGGUGUACAAUUUUAUCCCUGAUGUCCUUACACAGCUCUCUGGUAUUGGCCAUUGUGGAGAGGUUGGAGUCUGUUUGAUUGAGUGUGUGGACAGGUGUCUUUUAUACAGGUAACAAGUUCAAACAGGUGCAGUUAAUACAGGUAAUGAGUGGAGAACAGGAGGGCUUCUUAAAGAAAAACUAACAGGUCUGUGAGAGCCGGAAUUCUUACUGGUUGGUAGGUGAUCAAAUACUUAUGUCAUGCAAUAAAAUGCAAAAUGAAUUACUUAAAAAUCAUACAAUGUGAUUUUCUGGAUUUUUGUUUUAGAUUCCGUCUCUCACAGUUGAAGUGUACCUAUGACAAAAAUUACAGACUUCUACAUGCUUUGUAAGUAGGAAAACCUGCAAAAUCGACAGUGUAUCAAAUACUUGUUCUCCCCACUGUAUAUUAGCUGACUCAGAGUCCUCGUUGUCUAGUAUCCUGAGUUUCCACCCAUCGCUAACACCCCCCCUCUUAACAGAGGGGUAGUGUGCUAGUACAGCACUGUGCCAUGCCAGGGGAUGGUCUGUGUGGAAGAUAAGGUUGCUUAUGUUCCCAUUUUUAUAAAAGUCAACAAAAAGUGUCUCCUGAUUUCCCAUAAGGAGCUUCAUUUUGUACUCUUUUCGUGUCUUAUCAUUCUUUACAUACAGAGGGUACUGUAUUUUAAUUACCUCUGAACAGCGGGAGGGUGCGUCUAAGGCCUCUCCAUUUGGUUGGGGUAGACUGUGCGACUCUCCUGCCAUUGUUGGGCUCAAGGGCUUUGACACAUCUCACUUCACAUGUCAGUGCUAAUUGAAGUUGCAUCUCUUUGUACUAGCAAGCUUGGUAGCCUUAGCAUUCAGUCCUUAUAAAGUAAAAUAUAUCAUUGUAAUGUAUUUUUCUUUUGGUUUUUGAAAGUAAAAAAUAGCUUCAGACUAAACAUUACUCACUCAGUUCCAGGUUGGAUGGUGUUUUCAGGUUUCUGUUUGUUUGCCAGAGCAUUUGCUGUAUAGCUUGGGAAUAGUGAUCCUUGGUAGUAGAAAGCCUUCCAGGUAAUUCCAGGUAAUUCCGUCCAAAAUCAGGUUGUAGGUUUGGAGUUUUGGUUUGUAAUGAAGGUUAUGUUGUGGAGGGUAGCAUCCUGUAUAUGUCCCUGCCAAAAAAUCUAAGUUUAUCUAACUCUAAACCUCUCUCUCUUUCUCUCUCUCUCUGUCUCUCUCUCUCUCUCUCUCUCUCUCUCUCUCUCUCUCUGUGUCUGUCUGUCUGUGUCAUAGAGAAUAUACACUCACUCAUAUUCUCUCAUAUCUCCUCCCUUUCUUCUUCACCUCCUUAUAAAGGUAGUGCUCCGGAGAGUUGUAAGUCGUUCCCAACUCCCUCUAUACACAAUCCAGAGGAACCUUUCUUCCGGAGCAUUCCAUUCCAGUUAGGCAACAUCAGCCCAGGGGACGGCCCCCCGGCCAUGCGCUCCUAUCACGCCAUCAUAGACGGCACAGACAAGUAAGCAAAUUAACCAAAUAAUCAAAACAUGGCCAAUUUAUGACAAUUUAGUAGCAGUGAGUAGCAGUACAAUGGUUGAGAUAGGUAGAGGUUUAAUGGUCGCAAUGGUAAUAGGUAAGCUAGUACUAGGGGGUAUAGUUCUUCUUCCAUGGACGGGUCACGUGGUGAAGAAAAAGUCCUGGCCCGAGUAACCGAGUAACUGUAAUAUUCUCUACAGGAGGAAGGGAUCUCUCAAGGGCAGGAAGUGGAAGUCCAUCUUCAAUUUAGGAGGCAGACUCCAUGACCCGAGACGAAGGAACAAGAACUCAACCAAAGGUAUGCACCCUCUCCAUUAAGAAUCAGUGCCACACUGAUGUUAUUAUCUUUCAAUACAAUGCAUAGCUUUGCAAUGGUAAUAAUGAUUAAUUUGAGUUUUACAAUCAUCUCUCCAUUUCUCUGUAGAAAAAGAGAAAACUGUCUUAAGGCCAGCCAAGAGCAUGGAUUCCUUGAGCUCAAUGCCCUAUCAGCAUGAAGGUACUCCUCCUUCCUUGUUUACCCACUCUUUAUUGAUUCCUUGUUUAAUGUAUAGAUUUAGGUUAAUAUGUUUGUAGAGUAAUCCAUGGAUGAAAUGAAUGUAUGCUGUUAAAGCUAAGGCAUACUUACAUUUCUGUGUUCAGUAGUACUAUAGGCUUACACUUAUGACAGUUUCAUCUGUAGACUAAUGUGACUGUUUACCAUACCUUACAGGUUCCAGUCAACGACCCCCUUCCACUGUCAUGUCCCCCCUGGCUCAGCCCUCUCCUUGUCCCCAAGGUGGUGUGGAUGGAGGGGCAUCCAGUAGUGGUAGGGAUGUGGGCAGCGGAUAUGCUGUGACCUUCCGGAGGGGUCAGGGGGCUAGUGUGAGUGUAGUGAGCGGGAGCGGGGGAACAACGGGCACAUACAGUCGACUGGACAGUCACUGUGGUGGGGGCAACAGGACUGAGGCUCUGCAACCCCCAUCCAGAUCCCCAGGACUCUCCAGCAAAGCGGACCGGCGGGCAGGGAUACACAUCUCCGGACCUUUCUCAGUCACCGUCCCCCUUCACAUCACAUCAGGCCUGGCCUUUGGGGUGCUGCAGGGUGGUGGAGCAGACAGGGGCAACCAUAGAGGAGGAGAGGAGAGUGGAGAUAAGGGAGAGGGUGGGGAGGGUGAGAGACAGAAGGGAAGGGAGGGUGGGUAGACAGAAGGGAAGGGAGGGUGGGAGACAAAAGGGAAGGGAGGGGGAAAGGCACAUCCGAGUAGGAAGUUGUGGGGGAGGACGAGACUGACAGAGUCAAGAGAAGAGAUGAAGAGGAGGAUGAUAAAGUUGAAGGAAAAGAAGAAAGAGGAAAAGAGGAGGAAGCGAAUGGGGACUGUGUCUCUAAGCUGUCAGAGGAGAGGGGUGAAGAGAGUCGGGGUGAGGGUGUAGGAGAGGAUGCAGUAAAGCCUGAAAAUGAUGAGGAAGAGGAGGAUGAAGAAGGAGAACACAUGGGUAUGUCUGAUCAUUCAUGUAUUUUAACGAUCAUAAUACAAUUGUCCAAUAAGGGAAGUAAAGCCAUGAUUGUAGUAGGAUUAUUGAUCCUGUUUGGGUUGAGUUUUCCACACUUUUGUGGAAAUUGAAUUAUUGACAAUUGGUGAUUUAACAAUAUAAGUUGGAUAGGACUUUUGUGUUAAGCUGUAACAUCUACAUAUAAUUGUCAGAAAUCAAAGGCUCUGUGCAGACUGCCCUGGAUGCCCCAGAUAUGUCAGGUGUCAGAAAUGAGGCAGUUGCCACAGAUGUGCCGUACCCGCCGACAAUGGUGGAGGACAAUGCACAAGUCCAGGACUGUCCACUAGACUUUCAGGAUACUUUUGGAUUCCUGGACCUCAUGGACAGCAGUGCCUCCACCAAGGUGUGUGUGUGUGUGUGUGUGUGUGUGUGCACGUGCACGUGUGUGUUUAAUCAUUUAGUCAUGAUCCUAACCUCUCUUCUCCAUCCUCUUUCCUCCCAGAUGUUCCAGGCGUUCUCAGUGGAGCCUCAUCAUGGGGAAGAUGAGUAUGAGGACGAGGUGGAGCAGAGAUCCCCUGGACUCUCACAUGACAGACCAGACUCUGUCACACAGCCACCUGUAGACACACAGAUACAAAUACAGACAGGCUGCCAAACAGAGACACAUACACUGAGGCAGACACAAACACCCACACACAGACCUCUAAGCUUUGAUCAAUAUGGGCGAGCCAACAAGUCAAUGAGUCUGCCUUACAUGCCCAGGCCCUUCCUGCCUGCUCUGUCCUCUUCCUCUGAAGAAGAGGAUGAUGACGACGAAGAUGAUGAUUACGACAGAGAAGAUGAGGGGGACGAUGAUGACAUGUUCUGUAAAAGUCUACCGUCUAGUUUGGUGUUCAACAGACUGACAUGGAGUGGGCCUCAGACUGAUGUGGAGAAGGGUUUGUCCCUCCCUGCUAAGCCCGCACAACAAUUGGACAGUGCUUCUGAUGACAGACCAAUUCCUAUGGACCUAUCACAGAGUUCUGAGGCCAGAAUGCCUCCUGUGCACUUGGACAUUGAUUCCCCUGAUUGCUGUGACCCACCAGAAGAGGUCUUGAGACAUAGCAAGGCUGAAGAAGAGAAUAGACUGGAAGCGAUGGAACUGGUGGAGGAGGAGGAUGCAGGACAGGAUCCAGACAACCAGGAGAACGACCAGGCAGACACCCCGACGAAUACAUGCACAGAAAGGUAAGCAGAGGUGGGUUAUGAAGUGAAUCAAAGUCAAGAACAGUAUAUCAAAAUAAAGGUACAUGAUAAAUGUUACCUGUCAUCAUAGAUCUGAUGUGUCUUACUCUUCACCUUACAGCACUGAGAUACAAGAAAGUUGUCACUCGGUUGAAACCAGCAUGAUGGAGGAAGAGGAAACACCAGGUGACCUUGAGAGGGGCCUCGCUUCAGCAUACUCAUCAACUGACUGUGAGGAGGCCUCACUGCAGACCACUGCAGACAAAGAGGGAGAGGACACUAGAGUUCACCAGCAGCUCGGAGACGAGGAGGAGGACCUGAAGAGUCACUGUGGUGAAGAAGGUAUGAAUUCAGAGGGUUACAAUGGCGACACUGUGAACGAAGCCGAGAAAGCAGAUUCACAAGAGCAUUUACUCACUGCCUGUCAUAUAGUUUCCUGUGCUGAAGAGCCAAAGAACAUAAUCAAUGAGCGAUCAGAGGAAGUUUCAGCAGGGGGCGCAAUGGAGCAGCCUAAAAAUAGCACUGAGAGGGAGAGAGAGGGAAAGAAGGAAGAUGGAGAGGAGAAGAAGGUAGAGGAAGAGAUGGAGGAAAGAGAAGAUAGAAAUGGGGGAGAAUUUAACAAACAAGAAGGAGAGGUAACAAGAACUGAGAGAGAGGAAGAUAUGGACAAAGGAGAGGAGAGAGAUGUAUUAAAGGAGAUGGAAGAAACAGAGGGGGAGGACAUUGAAGUGGAGGCGAAGGAACAAAGAGGAAUGAUUGAAGAAGAGGAAAGGAUAGCAGGUGAGGAAGGGAAAGUAGGAGAAGAGGACAUAGAGCAGGAAGAGGUCAUUUAUGAAGAGAUGAUGAGCAUAGUAGCCAGGGAUGACAUGAUGGAAAGUGGAGAGAGGAAGGGUAGGGAAGGGGAGACUGAGGAAAGUAAAGUUAAGGAGGAGGUGAUAGAAACCAAAGAGGGGGAGAGGAUUAGAGUACAGCAGAAAGAGACAAUGAAAGAGAUAAAGGAAGGAGAGAGUAAGGCAAGUGAAGAGAUGAGUGCAAAAGAAGAGACGAAGCGAGAGGAGGAAGGAGUGGAUACCAUGGGAGAGACUGAGGAAGAGGCAGCUGAAGAGGGGAUGGAAAAUAUGUUGAUUGAUAAUGAGAAGCAGAAACAGCACCUAGAGGCACAGCAUGUUUUAGAGAGAAGAAAAAGAGAUAUAGAUCUGAUAAAGGAUGUUGAGGGAGAUGAGGAGGGAGAUAAAGAGAUGGAAGAGGGAGGUGUAAUCAGGGACGAAGAAGGAGAUAGUAUACUUGUGGUCCAACAGGAGACAGAAGAACGUGAAUCAACAGGGCCAGAUAAGGAGAACGAAGAGAGGGAGAAUGGAGAGACAAAAGAGCAACUACAGACACCAACAAUAAUAGAGGAAAGAGAAGAAGAACUGAAAGAGGUCCAGAUAAACAGCAAAGAACUGAAUGAGGGACAGAAGGAAGGGAGAGGUAGUAAAGUGGGUUCUGAAAAGGGGGUGGGGAGAGUGCUGGUCAGGUCUAAACAACAAACACCCCCUAAAGUGUAUCAAGCAAGAUCAGUGCCAAUGGUACCACCCAAGCCACAUCAAUGCCAAAUAACUGCACUGAACCUCAGACAACAGCAGCAGAGGGAGAGGAGAGAGGCAGACAGAGACAGGGGGAAAGGAAAGAUACACAGGGCUUUGGGACAGCAAGAUAAAGAGAGAAAGUUGGAAGGGAAGCCAGAGCAUGGCAAAGUCUGCGAGACAGAACAAGGGUGGAAUGAGAAAGGGGAAGAUGAGGACAGAGGCGAAAGGGAGUGGCAGGCACAGUGGGGAGGGGAGAGGAGGAGAGAUGUGUAUGAGGGGGGAAUGAGAGACAUGAUGAAGAACAGUCCAAUAAGUAUGUGUUUUGAUGAAGCUGUUGCCAUGGGAAUCAAGAGAGGGAGAGAGAAAGAGGGCAGUGAGAGGGAGAAACAGAAAGAGUGA